GCCUUUCCCGCGUGUUUUCAAACAGACAGCAACAAGCACGAAGAGCAUGUCGGCGUGGGACUUCUACACCCCGGGUGAUUCGUCCGAUGACAGCACGGAAGCGUCCCAAGAUGUCCCUGUAGUCUACACAACCCUGCCGCCAAACGAGGUUGGCGUUCUUGCGCGCGCAUAUUUGCAAGCAGCAACAGCAGCGUACACGAGCCUUCUGGAGGGCACCCAGCAAGACGCCAAUUCACAAUACCACGCCUUUGCCGAGAAGAUCCGAACAAUUGCCACCAAGAAUGGGAUUGAAGUUCUUCCAGUGUGGCGUGCCCCCCAGAAACCUGCCACAAGGGCAUACCUCCACAACAUGAUGGAGGUGUCUUUCACGGAAGACAUCAAGACCCUACUGCAGGAAAUCCGCAGUGUGUUCGACAUCAAGAAGACGGUGACCUUCGACGAGGCCGAAAGCUUCCUGCGUCGCCUUGACAAUUUCGCACGCAAAGGACCAGCCGAGCACAAAGAGCUGGGGCAGUUUCGACAAGAGUUGCAGUCGAGUGUAGACCCCUGCAAUGCUGCCAAGGAGAAGAAGAAGGGCAGGGAUGUUGCCCACAGAACGGUCUAUGCGCAGCCGUUCUCGGCCGAGCUUCUCUGCCCUGAUUGGCACCUGCACAACGAGUGGUUGAAAACGAUCAAUCGCAAGGACAAACACAAAAGCUUUUGUGGCGUGUUUCGUAAGGCAGAGACGCGAUUCAACGACCGCAUGAGCGUGGCCCUGAUUAGGGCGUGUGCGGGCGCAGCAGUGAACGUCAAGAGUCACUCGUCGUUUGAGGCCGACCCCACUGUUGUCGUUCACCACGCUGUGCGUCUCAACUCGAACGUUGACUGCUACCCGCUGUUGAUUGAUCUCAAGACCCGCGACAGCCGGCGGACACAGGAUACUGCCAAGGCGCAGGUGCUGGAGUACGCAGCAAAGGCCAUCAAGUCCGCAGGCCCGGAAUGGCGUCAGUUGAAAGGGUAUUUGUUUCCCUUUGCCAUCACCGUCUGCAUGUAUGAUGUGUCCGUGUACGCGUGCACGCUGGGCGAGGAGAUGCACGGUGGCGAGGCCUUUCCCAGCGUCCUCUACACAAAACUUGGCGACACUGACUUGGAGAAACUCGGGCAUGUCAUUGAGUGGCUGGUCGACGAAGAGCACAUGGCGCAUUACGAGAAGAUUUCCGCCAUUGCCCAGGGACGCGAGGACCCUUCUCCCUCAACCCCAGCACUUGCACCCGGGAUGACAACAACAACUGCUGACGUUUCGGACACGUCUUCCACGACAACCACCAGCACCACCACCGCCACUAACACCAGCGACAAGGAAGAAGCAGCCCAGUCAGGGUCCACGCCACAGCAGCAGGCUGUCAGCGCUAAGCGCAGCACGAAGACAGCAUCAGGGUCCGAGAACACGACGGCGGCCACCAAGACUGACACAGCAGACAGCAGCAAGAAGGACAAGCGUCAGCGUGCAGGCACCAAAGGAGCAAGGGCCAGGUCUGCCAAAGUUGCCACGAGAUACGAGAUGUGCGUCUACAAAGGCGGUGAAGAUACAGCAGUGGUUGCAAUGGUGAACGGCAAGAUGCUGAAGGUGUGCAGCGGCCACGGCAUUUUUGUUUAUGAGACGUUUGACAGAAAACUGGAGGCUGCCAGGAAAGCAAAGGCUGCUAUGGGGUUGAGUGUGACCAGCGAAGAGGAGGAUGCCAUAGCAGACGCGGCUGCCAGGGAACUGGAGGCAGACAACGAGCUGCAAGCCUGGCAACUGCUCUAUCCAGGCGAGAAGGUGGAAGUGCACCAGCGGUCGCGCCCCGUCCUUGCUUUUCCCCAUUUGGCGCCGACCGAAAAAGGCACGGGCAUCAAGGGCAUGGACGCGCUGACAGCCGCUGCGGAAUACCUCCUUGUGUUGUCGAAGAACGGUCUGUGUCACAUGGACAUCCGCUCGCACAACAUCCUGCCCAACGGCUGCAUCGUGGACUUUGGUCUCAUGUGCGAACCUGAUGAACAGCUUCCUGAGUCCUACUUCACGCGGCUGCGGGAGCGCCCCCGGCGUGUGCUGCAUCAUCACGACCCAGAAACCAUAACUCUGGACGUGGUUCUGGACUGGGAGUCGCUGCUGUUUGCCUACGUGUUCUCGCCUGGCACUGUCUCCAAAGCCAUGCUCCGGUUGCUUGAGGGCAAGGCGAUUCUGCUGCAGUGGCUUGCAGACAAGCGGGCUGAGCUCUUGGACAACGACAACGACAAGGAGACAGCAGAGCUGCUGCACAAGAUUAUGCAGCACGUUGCUCGCGUGUACUUCUGAACUUGACGUGUGAUUUGCAUGGUAGACUUGUGUGGGUACUUGUACGUGUGUUUGUAUUAUUAUUGUGGUGGUGGUGGUGGUGGUAGGUGUGUGUUGUCUGUCGCGCACCGAGACAUGUUGAUUAUGGUUAAUUCCUAUGGCUGCUUCCUAGUUGAGCAAUGGCGUGAUGUACUUGCGACGAAUACAUUGGAC